AUGCACCACGCAGCGCAGGACGCGGCCGCGGCGCAGGCCGUUCAAGGCGGCGGCGGCGCGGCAUUCGCCGGCGCAGGGGCGAACGGGGCGGCGGGCGGCGUGGGGUGGCCCUGGAGCCCAGCGGCGGGCGACUUGCUGCGGGAGCAGAUGGCGUUUCUGGCGAACGCGCAGGCCAACGACAUCCGCGCCUCGCUGUUUCUGCGGCUGCGGCUGAGCGCCCAGCAGAGGCGGACGGCGCAGCGCAACCAACUCGCCGAGCGGCGGGCCGCGCAGAACAGGCGCCGCUCGACUUCCGUGCCCGCCGGCGCUGCGGCAGCGGCGUCAGCGGCGGCGGCGGAGGAGGAGGAGGAGGCGUGCGACGACGGGUGGCGCUGCCCGGGCUGCUCGCGCCGCUACACGGACGCGGCCGCCUACACCCGCCACAGAAGCAACUGCCGAAGGUACAACUUGCUGCUGCGGAGGCAGGGGGGCGAGACGGUGCCGCCGUCUGCGCGCUCCGUCCAGGCCGCGACGACGACGUCCCCACCGCCGCUCACCUCCUCAACCUUCAGGUCUGAACUGGAGCUGACGCAGCGGCGACUCGAACCUGCGGCGAGUACGUCCCCGCGCGCGACGGCGGCCACCGCGCGUUGCACGCCGUCCACUGCGAAUGCGCCCGGUGCACCUCCUGCAGAGCAGUCGCAGCGUCGCGCGGCCGCAGGAGGCAACGCCGCCGCACCCCUGCAGCCUUCGGCACUGGCAGAAAGUCCAAGCACCAACCACUCGCUUUCCAUCCCGUGCUCGUCGGUGCUGGACGAGCGAAGGGAGGAGUGCGUGGAGAGGGAGGACAGGCGCGAGUUUGCCCGCAACUUCUCCCUCUCGCGGGAGCUGACGCCCUCCUCAUUUGGGCCGCAGUCGCAGCACAAGAUGUCGCCGAGUGCGAGGAAUUCCAUCGACGAGCUCCCGGCGGCCGUCGCGGAUCGGGUGUCGUUCGACAGGUCCUCGCCCCUGCCGGUGUGGCUGUCACUCGGCAACACCGUGAAGUCGAGAGAGGACGGAGAGGGCGGGGCGGGCGUGGCGCAGCCCACCCUCUCCUGCCGCCAGAGCAGCGUGGCGUGCAACAGCACCGCCGUCAGUGGCCUCAACUGGGGCGAGGCGGCGGAAGGGGCGGAGGAGCCGCUGCGGCCCUGUCCGUACUGUGGGCGAAGCUUCUUUGCGGAGUCGCGCUGGCCGCGCCACGUGGCGGUCUGCGAGCAACAGCAGCAACAGCAGCAGCAGCGCAAACGCAACAGUAGAACUUCGGUCGCGCGCGGCACGCCCGGCAACCGCUCCCACCGUGCGUCUCGGGCCAGCACCGGCGGGAGCCUGGACUCUAGCAGCGUCCUCCGCGACACCGCGCAGCCGCUUGCCUCGAGCCGAGGCAAGUCGGGGGACGCCAAGGGCUCUGCUGCGGGGAAACCGGCCGCCAAGUGGCGGCAGCAGAGUGCGCAUCUCCGGCAAUCCCUGCAGCUGCCUGGCACCUCCGCGCAGACGGUGUUGCCGGACAGUGUGGGCGACAUGGACGUGUUUGAGGACGGCCGCGUGGGGUGCCCUUCCUGCGGCCGCCGCUUUGCCCCGGCGGCGGCGGAGCGGCACAUACCCUCCUGCAGGGAGCGCGGCAGCGGGCAGAAGAAGAUGCGCAUCUGA